UUGGAUGCCACCUCUCUAGUUUCAGCCUGCUUUACAUCGACAGGAAAACAGACUUUUCAUCGACCGAUAAACGCUGUUUGACGAGGUGAAAAUAAAGCGGACAGUGGCUCUUCCUGCCAGCACACCGGCUCACCGUUCGCUUUUUAAUCUAAGACCAACUAGAAGAACUAGCUGCGGCUAACGUUAAUGUUAGUUGGCUCCUUCGCUGGCUAGCUACGUCGUGUUGCCUGGCGUUUUUUUUUUAACUUCUGACUUGCAGAAAUGUUGCCCAUCUGUCUCGAAAUCCCCGACGUGUGCUGAACGAUCGACUUGUCGGCCCCCAGAUCCCAAUGAUGCAGUCAGUGGAUUUAAUGAUGGAAAGAGAACCUCAGUUCCCCUGGGUGGACCCUGGCUAACCCCAAUGUCAUCAACAGGAACACCAUCUCCAGCGGGCCAUCUCGGCGCAGCAGGUAUAUGGCGAGAAGCGGGACAAUAUGGUCAUCCCGGUCCCCGAGGCAGAGAGCAACAUCACCUACUAUGAAUCCCUCUACCCUGGGGACUACAAGAUGCCAAAGCAGCUAAUUCACAUACAGCCUUUCAGCUUGGACACAGAGCAGCCCGACUACGACCUGGACUCGGAAGAUGAUGCAUUUGUCAAUAAGCUGAAAAAGAAGAUGGAGAUCAGCUUCCUGCAGUUCGAGGAGAUGAUUGACCGGCUGGAGAAAGGCAGUGGACAGCAGCUGGUGAGCCUUCCGGAGGCCAAACUGCUGCUAAAGGAGGACGAUGAACUCAUCAAGGAGGUCUUUGACUACUGGAGCCGCAAGAGGAAAAAUAGCAAGGCCAACUCUCUCAUCCCCACCGUCAAGCAGGAGAAACGGGACGGCUCCAGCACCAGUGACCCGUAUGUGGCCUUUCGACGGCGCACCGAGAAGAUGCAAACCAGGAAGAACCGUAAGAAUGACGAAGCGUCCUAUGAGAAGAUGCUGAAGCUACGCAGGGAUCUCAGCCGAGCCGUCACCAUCCUGGAAAUGAUCAAGAGGAGGGAGAAGAGCAAGAGAGAGCUGCUGCAUCUCACACUGGAGAUCUUUGAGAAGAGAAAUGUCAUGUCUGACUUUGGUGGUGAGGUGAUGGCAGAGGUGUUGGCCGAGCGUGCACUGGUGAGGCCGCAGAUCAUUCCCCUGGUCCCCCUCACCAACCAGUACCGACACCAGGACCACAUGGACCUCAAGGACUAUAAGUCCAAGCCCGAGAAGACAGAAGUUCCCCGACAGAAGAGGAAGUAUGAGAAGAAGCAGAAGGUGUUGCCUCUGUCGUCGGGCACCCCUCACCAUCCGGGUCCCGUUGUCUUCAAUGCAAAGGACCUCAACCAAUACGACUUCCCCAGCUCAGAUGACGAGCCCUUCUCCCAGCUGCACUCAGGCUCAUCAGAUGCAGAGGAGGAGAACGACCCAGAUGGUGCCUAUGCCUUUCGCAGGAAGGCAGGCUGCCAGUACUACGCUGCUCAUCAGGAUCGUGUGGGUAGCUGGCCAUGGUGCGGACCCUGGGAGGACGGUUUAGCAGAAGCUCGCUUUCGCUACAGCCUCACCACGCUCACCGUGCCACGGCGCUGCCUUGGUAUGGCUCGACGACGUGUGGGACGAGGCGGCAGGGUGUUGCUGGAUAGGGCAUACUCGGACUAUGACGACAUUUUCCACGGACUGGAUCCAGAAAUGCUCAACCUGCCUCUCCCUCCCUCUCCUCCUCCUCCUGCUCCUUCUCCAACUUCUUCACGCUCACCGGCCACCGACAAGUUUGCCAGUACCUCAGAAACAAAUACCUCAGACAGAAGUUCCUCCUCCUUCAACUCCUCUCCUUCCUGUCCCUCUUCCACGGACCUCAGUCAGAUACUGUUGAAUAUAAAGUCGUGCCGAUGGAGGCACUUUAGACCACGGACACUACCACUACAUGAGCUGGACAAUGCCCACCCGCUUUUCAGGAAGUUGAGUCGAGGCCUGAAGCGGCCAGUCUCAGCCUCCACAGCUGGAGGACGGCCCUAUGGCUCUCAACGCCCGGCGAGGGUUGUACCUGCACCCGCACCCACUGCUGCUGUCACAGCCGAACAGUACCAGCAGCAUCAGGAGCAGCUGGCCCUGAUGCAGAAACAGCAGCUGGAGCAGAUCCAGCUGCAACAGCAAGCCAACAGCACCGCCACUGCAAACAGCACACACCAGUCCAAUACGUUGGACCAGGCCACCGCUCUGUUCGCCGCCUCGGCCCUAGUCACCGCCGACCAACUGCUGGCUCUCAAACCCAAGGAGGAGCUAGCCCUGGGAGGCGGAGUCAAUGGCGUCCUCUCCCCCUCAGGUGUCUACAAGGGCUUGCACCUCUCAAGCACAGCGUCACCUUCCCCCGCUGCCCCGGCUCCUCCCACCACUACCCCGACACCCGGCUUGCUCCAUCCGUGUACCACCACCAGCUCCGCCUCCGCUACCAGUAACAACAAUGGCACCGCCCACCCCGCCAACACCACUACCACUACAGCCACCACUCAGGUCCUGCUGGGAAACAAUAACAGCCUCCGUCUGGGUGUUCCCACCGGCAAGCGUGUCCACGCCCCCCGGACGCUGAGCGCCACCAUGUCGACAUCCGCCUUAAAGCUCGCCCAUGCAGCCGCCGCCGCCAACUGUCAGAAACCCAAGGUCACUACGGCCUCGGCCUCACCGCUGGACAUAGUGCCCAGGGAGAAUCACGAACAAGACAAGCCAGCACUGAACAGUCUAUCAGAGAACACAAUGGCCAUGGAGGUUACGUAGCCUCCCGUACGCAGGACGGGGGCAGCGUCACUCCUUUGUUGUUGUUUUUUUUAGGUGCUAUGCAUCGUUUGUUAGUCGGGAAAGCGAGUGGUGUCGGAAUGAGCACGGCGAGGCUGGGUUUCCAUGGUAACUGUUUUGGGACUUAAUUGCAAUGCUCGUCUCGUACAAUUUUUUUUCUCUCCCCCCCUUUUCCCUAUUUGUUACUGUUAAUAAGAGAUCGUCUGUAAAUUCUUAAUAUGGCAAUUAUAUGUACAGUACUGCAUAUUUGUAAUACCCCCCUCCCCACCCCCCUGUUCUUGUAUAUAACAUUACUUGAAUACAGAAUUGUUCAUUUGUGAUGUUUUGCACUCAAGAUAUAAAAAAAAAAAUCAAAAUUAAAAAGAGAAAACGACAAACUGCAACUGGUGCGAGUAUGAGGUGUGAAAGUUGUACCACAGAAAAAUGUGUGUCAUCACAUGCAUGGUGGGAACCUGCUGUUUGAUCUAUUUAUUGUGCCGUGUUUACAAAGGUUUUUUUUUCUUUUUCAUAAUCUGCUUUCUUUUUUUAUACACUGUACCCCUCACAGGUUCCCCGUGCUGUAGUCAGUGUUUAGCUAGAUUAAAAAAAAAAACUUUUUUUUUUUUCUUUUUUGGAUGUUGUGAACAUGGCCGGGGGCUCGCCUGUUUUCGGGCGGUCUUCCGUGAUGUUCCCAUGAGUCGUGUUGAGUCCACAGCAACAUGCAUUCAUACAGAGCGAGGCGCAGGGCGGUAGAAGACGACAGGUGUGAAUUUGUUUGUGGUAGGCAUCAGUUUGUCAGUGGGUUAAUCAGUUUCCACAAAGCUCUUCCAUACAUAUAUUAUUCCUGAGACAAGUAACAAAACGGGGAUGAAGACUCUUUCCCAGAAGACUUUGCUGCUUCUGACUUAUCUAAGCACUAUAUAAUUUGUUUUUUAAUUGAUUGAUGCUGCUUUUCUAUGAUUUUGGCUUCUGGUUUGCACCAGAUGGCCUCAUUUACUUUUUGUUUUCUCUCAAAGAUAAUCCCCCACCUCAUCAUUUUUUUAAAUAAAUAUUUUUGUACCUCCCACUUUUUUUAUUUUAAUUGUCCUCACGAAAGACUUCAUUCUUUUGUUACUUGUUGAUCUUAAAAAAAAAAACAAAAAAACUGAGGGAGUUAAAAAAAAAUGCAGUAACUGACAUUUAAUAUCAUUCCAGCUUCGACAUAGUAAGGAAGAAAACAUGUAUGAAUUGAAGAAAAAAAAAAAAGUUUUCUCUACUUUUAAAAACUCCAGAAGGCUGCGAGGCCAUGAACCACAAGUUAUCGGGUGCCUUCAUUUGGGAAAAAAAUAAAAACCUUAAAAAAAAAACAAAAAAAAAGCUCUCUUCUGUGAAGAGUUUGGUACUGAACAAGGCUACUUGUAGUUUUUCUUUGUCUGUACCACAAUCCCAAUGCCCAUUCCAAUGGCCCAGUUGAUUCAUGAACCUUUUUGUUUUUGUAGACCCUUCCUCCACACACACACACACACACACACACACACACACACGCAUAUACGGGAAAGACUAAGAAUCCUCUUGAAUUGUCACAAAAUGAAAUAAAAAUCCAGGGCAUUA